AUGUCUGUCUUCUCGCUGGAAGUAGAAAAGGCAAACCCAGUGACAGCAGGAGUCCUGGACGACAGCCUGCGAGCACUUGGCGUUACGAUCAAACCGGAAGAAAAGGAUGAAUAUCAGAGGCUUCUAGCCGUGUUCCACGAGUCUGUAGUGGGUCUUAUGUCACUCCCUGAUUAUGUGCCUCCAGUAGAUGAGGAAAGAUUCCCAAGGGAGGGAAUUCGAUUACCGGUUGUCUCGGAGAAUCCUUUGGGUGCUUGGGCUUGGAGGUGCCGAGUAGAGGACAAGACCAAAAGCGGGGGAUUGCUGGCAGGUAAAACGAUAGCCAUCAAAGACAACAUCGCAGUCAAGGGCGUUCCGAUGCUUCUUGGUACCAACUUUGUUAGAGACUACGUUCCAAACACCGACGCAACGUGUGUGGCAAGGCUGCUAGAAUCCGGCGCAAUCAUUGCUGGAAAGUCCGUGUGCGAGAAUAUGUGUCAUUCCGCUACGAGCAGCUCUUCCUCAACCGGGCAUGUACAUAACCCCUAUGCCAAAGGCUACAGCAGCGGGGGAAGCUCAAGUGGCUCAGGGGCACUCGUAGCCAACGGAGACGUGGAUAUGGCUCUUGGCGCUGACCAAGGCGGUUCAAUACGUGUCCCUGCCGGAUGGUGCGGUCUCUAUGGGCUGAAGCCGACCUUUGGACUUGUGCCCUACACCGGUUGCGGCUCAAAUGAGCCUACCAAUGACCAUGUCGGCCCCAUGACACGAACACUUCUCGACAACGCGUUGAUGCUUCAGGUCAUUGCGGGCAACGACAACAUUGACGACAGAUCGUUCGCAGCACCGAACCCAGACAACGUUCCCAAGUACUAUGAUAACUUGACGAAGCUGGAAACCCCGAAAGAUCUGUCCGGUGUCAAGAUCGGCAUCUUGAUAGAAGGUAUGAACCAGCCGUCAGUGGAACCUCGCGUCAAGGCAUGUGUCGAGGCUGCGAUCCAAGGUUUUAAAAAUCUUGGGGCGACCGUAGAUGAAAUUUCAAUUCCCUUUCACUCCAAGGGAGCAGCCGUUUGGACUGCUAUCAGCAAGAGUGGAGGUUACCUGGCGAAGAGAAAUCUUGCAUUUGGCAGGAGAGGCCACAUCAUGACCGGCUUGGCGGACAAGUUUCAGGACCUUACGCAGAAACAGUGGGAUAACGCAUACGUUUCGUCAAAGAACAUCUAUCUCAACGGGGUCUACGCGCAAGCAGCGUUCCCAGGGUUGCUUGGAAAGGCGACGAAUCUCAGCAGAAAGCUACGAGACGACUAUGACAAUGCUCUGCGAGAGUUUGAUAUUUUGGUGACGCCGAACUUACCCUACGUUGCCAAUUUCCAUACUCCCUAUGACGCGUCCCCGCUCGAGAAGAUUGGAAAGCAAGUCGGACUCACUGCUAACACCGCCCCUUUCAAUCAAUCAGGCCAUCCGGUCCUCGCUAUGCCGAUUGGUAUGCUUCCGAUUGAGGAAGGUCCUCUGAAAGGUUCGGGAACAAAACUGCCGGUGAGCAUGCAAAUCAUUGGCAAGUGGUGGCAUGAAGAAGAUGUUUACCGCGUCGCAUACGCCUGGAGCUUAGAGUACGAUUGGAAGACUAGAUGA